AACUAUCCUCCACACGCAGUCGUUUUAGUGAAGUAUAUAAAUCAAAAUAACCAAAUCAGAAGCGCCGCAAAAAAGGGUGAUCAACUCUAGCAGAGCCAGUCACUCAGUGGGUCUGUGUUUGAACUCAAAACGAUGGCGUUUUUCUCCGCAACUGCAACCGUUCCUCAAAAACUCACCUUCGUUUCCUCUACCAAACUCUCAUCUUCUUCUACGUCGUCGUUUAACUUCCUUUCAUUUCCCUCAUUUCAAUCCAACUUCUGCAAAACCAUAACCGCCUCCCCACAAUUUCCACGCGCCCACGCGCUUCCUUCUUCCGCAGCUACAACCACCGCCGCCUCAUCCUUCCAUGGCAUCUGCUAUGUCGUCGGCGACAACAUCGACACUGAUCAGAUCAUUCCCGCCGAACAUCUCACUCUUGUCCCUUCCAAGCCCGACGAGUACGAGAAGCUAGGUUCCUUCGCCCUAAUCGGACUUCCCGAUGCAUACUCCGUCCGAUUUGUUGAACCCGGUGAGACUAAAACCAAAUACUCCAUUGUCAUCGGCGGUGCUAAUUUUGGUUGCGGAUCCUCCCGUGAGCACGCGCCGGUUGCGUUAGGUGCCUCCGGUGUUGCUGCUGUUGUGGCUGAAUCCUACGCGCGGAUCUUUUUCAGAAACUCGGUGGCUACUGGUGAGGUGUAUCCGUUGGAGUCAGAGACGCGGUUGUGUGAGGAGUGUCACACAGGAGAUGUGGUGACAGUUGAGCUCGAGGAGAAUCGUUUGAUUAAUCACACUACUGGAAAGGAGUAUCAGUUGAAGCCCAUUGGAGAUGCUGGUCCGGUCAUUGAAGCAGGUGGUAUCUUCGCCUAUGCUAGGAAAACCGGCAUGAUUCCUACUCGAUAAGCGUUCAAGAAGGUUAUGUUCUGUUUUCAGUCGAAAGUUUAAGUGAUGUUGGCAUGCAGCAGUAGAUGUUUUGAGAGGCUGACUAGAACUGUUUGCCCGAGUUUUGCUUAUUCUAUUCAGAUACUUGUUAAGCACAGCUUUGAUAAAAAAGUGUAUUGUAAUUUGGCGUCAGAAUUGUAAACUGUUGUUAAAUAUAAAUUGUUAACUAUUAGAACCGUUAA